AUGUCCCCUCGCUGCUCGGCCUUCCGGGUGGUGCUGGGCGCCCUGCUGCUCGUGGCCCUGCUGCAGCUCGUGUACCUGUCCUUCCUGUCCCGGUUCCACGGGACCCAGCAGCGCUACCGCUUCUCCGAGCUGUUCGGCCGCUCCGGGCCCCAGCGGGCCGCGCACCCCGAGAGGAACACGCGCAAGGAGCGGCUGCGGUUCUCCCUGUCCACCGGGGGGAUCUUCGACCACAGCGGCCAGUACCGGGUGUACAAGAACCUGAUCCAGAGUGACUCCAGCUCGAACCAGAAGCCGGGCUCGGUGGUCCUGGCCCUAGCGACCCACACGACCAUCAACAACCUGCACCACCUGGACUCGCUCCUGGACCGGUGGCACCACCCGCUCUCUGUGGCCCUCUUCGCACACGGGCCAGAUGUGAAGUUCGCCACAGCUCUGGUUUACGCUCUCAGCUUCUUCUGCCCUCAGGUCCAGGCCCUGGUGGACUUCCACCUGGUCUGCCUGUCUGGGGAGACGGCCAGUUUCCCCGAGCAGGACCACGAGCACUUUGAAGGUCUGGAGGACUGCUCCUCUGUCUUCAGCCGGCUGGAGACCCACCGGGACCAGUUCAAGAACUACGCCAUCAGCGGAAACGUCUCCUACCCCAACAACCUUCUCCGUAACGUGGCUCGAGGUGGCACCGAGUCCUCCUACGUCCUGGUCCUGGACAUGGACAUGAUGCCCAGUGCCGACCUGCACCCGCAGUUCUUGGCCAUGAUCUCCGGUCGAGAGGCCGCGGGCGACGAGGUCUUCGUGUUGCCCGCGUUCGAGAUCCGCCACGCCAGGAAGAUGCCCGCCACCAAGCCGGAGCUGGUCCAGCUCUACCAGGUCGGGGAGGUGCGGCCGUUCUACGAGGAGCUGUGCUCUCGCUGCCAGGCCCCCACCAACUACUCCCGCUGGGUCAACAGCCAGGUCCGAGGGGUCCUGGAGGUGGCCUACACGCUGGGCUGGGUGGACCCCUGGGAGCCCUUCUACAUCGGGCCCAACCUGGUGCCCCUCUACGACGAGAACUUCAAGCAGUACGGCUUCAAUCGCAUCAGCCAGGCCUGCGAGCUGCAUGUGGCUGGAUACAGGUUCUCGGUUCUGAGCUCGGCCUUCGUGGUUCACCGGGGGUUCAAGGUCCAGGGGGAGUUCCACGCCCGGAAAGACGAGGAGAACAAACGCAACCGGGUUCUGUUCCGCAGCUUCAAAGAGGGUCUGAAAACCAAAUACCCCUCCUCCACCAGGAGGUGCUGAGAGGAGAGCGAGGACUCGGUGUCCUCUGAUGAAGGGAUGGACGUAUGUUCUAUUAACCAGCUCUGGUCUCAAACCCGGGUCCCGACCCAAACCUCCUGGUUCCUCUGUGGUCUUGUGAUGGAACGGUUCUCUGGGACCUUCUGACCUCCUGCUCGUUGGUCUGGAGGAGAAACGGGCCCAGGACUCGUGAGGUCACUGAUUCUGAAUCAGACAGACAUUUACAAUCUAGACAAAGAUCAAUGUUCAUAUUUAAGAAUAUUAAGUUUCUGAGUUUGUACAGAUAUAAAAAUAGACACAAACGUGAUGCAGAGUUUCUUCAUCCUCAGAGAAGCAGAUUGAUGAUGACAUCUCAUCAACGCACAAAUAACAACAAACAAAUCAUAUCAAACUCACACUUAUUGUUUUCCAUCAUGAAAAGGAGAAGCUGGUCUGUCAGUGACGUGCUCCUGCCACCAGAUGGCAGCGCAGUGUUGUUGUGUAAUCCAGAGACCAGCACAACACAGGGAUUACACAACAUCAGCUGUCACCACAUGUCAGGAGUUGUGAGUCCAUGUUCGGACUCACACGUCACCGGCACCACAAAGCACUGGACAACUUUAAACAGAGACGUAGUAGAAGACUAGCAGACACUGUGAAAACCACUGAGUCAUAACACUGAGAUCUGAUGUGUAGCUGAUUUGAUCAUAUGAAGCUCGGGUUAUAUAUGAGAGAUUAUGGUUAAUACGUAGAAAGAUAAAAACACUACACAACGAUCCUGUGCUGUGGAAACACAAUGUACACUCUAGAGCUGACAUUGUGUGUCUCACUGACUCACACAGUCACAACCCUCUCACGUCCGUUUAGUCAAACACAACGAGCAGAUACAGAAGUUAAUGUUCAGUUUCUUUUAUUAUGUAAUUGUUGAUUUGUGAGUUUUAAAUAUUUUACCUUCACUUGUGAUGUUUGAUAUAUUUUUUCUUUAACUGGAAUAGGUCGUUUUUCUAAAUGUCCCCAAGCAGGAAAAACUGUAGCAGGCGAAUUAUGUGAUUGUGCAAAAUAUGACAAAUGGUUCAGAACAUCUCAGAGUUUUUGUUUUAGAACCAUAACUAAUGAAGUGUUUAUGAAAUGACCUCGUGCUGAUGUGGAGUGGUGCUUUGUCACGUGACUCUUCCCUAAUGCAAAAUGCAGUUUUUGUAUUUAUAUUUUCUUUUGUGAGUGCAAGACAUAAAGCCUGAUUUGUAUCGUUGAAAUUUAUAUUAAACCUUCUGGAUGACUUUUA